AUGGCCACCAGAACUACAUCUUCCAUGACAGAGCGCUUCGAAGUUGAAGCAGAAUCCCAAAUUCCACUCGUCGACGAUAUAGUCGACCUCAACACUACAAGUCACGGCCUCCCGGAAAGUGCACCUGGCCAAUCCUCUGAUCGAAAGAGCGAAAAUUCUCCAAGGCUUGCUCAUCAGCGGGUCCAGUUCAUCAAGCUCUCAUCAAUCGCCAGAACAGUUAGAGGAUAUCCUGGAGCGACUCCUCCUUUUCUUCCCGCAGCACCGUCGCUGCUGAGGGUCGCAGCGAGCGAAACCGAGGGCAACGAGCUUCUUGCUCCGCCACGCGAGCCCUCGCCUUUGCGACAGGUAGCCUUGUCAAACUACGCGAGCGCGCCCAGAUCUAAAAUGCCACACGCUGUCAGCAUGCCACAGUCGGGCUUUCAGGCCCUAGUCUUGUGUGGCCCGGGCAUCGGCCUGAACACAUUCACGAGCGUGCCUAAGGAAUUCCCCAAGGCCUUGGUUGAAGUUGCAAACCGGCCGAUGGUCUGGUAUGUCCUUGACUGGUGCUAUCGCAUGGGGGUUACGGACAUCACUCUCGUCACACCACCGGAAUCAAAGGAGACGCUUGCGGCUGCACUGGCACAGAAUCCACACCUAACCUCGCUACCGUCACCAAGCCCAGAUUUGAUUGCACCCGCGGAUCUUGAGUACGAAACUGCAACAGCAGAACUGCUCCGUUUGCCAGAAGUUCAGAAAGCCAUUAACUCCGACUUCGUUCUUCUUCCUUGUGACCUCAUCUGCGAGGUUUCAGGAGAAACAUUUCUCGACACCUACAUUUCUUCCCUGGGCGGCCUUGGAGGCGUUGGUAUAUCCUCUUCAGAAUAUGGAUCCCAACGGCCGCCCAUCGCCGGCAUGGGUGGCGAAUCCAGUGGUCGGCGUGGGGGCUUGUCUGUUUGGUACAACACCGCCAACCGCGAGGAAAGCGUGAAGAAAGAGGAAUGCGACUUCAUGUGCACCGCCAAGCUACCUUCGGUCAACACUUCACCUAUGGCCACUCUCAAAUCCAACAAUACGGGCACGCUUCGAAAAUUAGUAUGGACGACUCCGAUGUCCGAGAUCAAAGAACAGACUGCCGAUGACAAGGCACUUCGAAUCCGCUCCUCACUCCUCCGCAAGCACGGCAAUGUUAAAUGCCUGACCCAGUAUCGCGACGCUCACAUCUAUUUCUUGCCUUAUUGGGUGAAGGAGUUCGCCGCUCGUAAUGAAGAGUUCGAAUCCGUCUCAGAAGAUCUCAUUGGUACUUGGGCAAAAGCCGAGUGGCGCAAACCCGACUUUCGUGCACGAUUCAGCACUGCUCAGAUUUUCAUCAAGCCUCCACAAGAUACCGAGACUGUUGAGCCCUCUAUCGAGGACGAGAUCGAUCUUCUCUCAUUCUCCUCCACACAGAGUCCUGUGCAGCGGCCUACCACGCCACCACAUCAGAGACACGAGGUCAGACUCGCCACCCGCGUACAUGCCAAUCCAGAGGACUCCAUCCUCAGUGACCCCUCUAACGCUCCUUCGGACGCCUCCACUACGUCGAACCCCCCGAUGCCUCCUAUUGGAGCCUACAUCCUGCCCUCUGCCCCUACCGUACCGCUUGUCCGUCGCAUCGAUACCACGCCGCUCCUGCUAUCUGUCAAUCUCCUCCUCGCCAAAACCCCAUCCACUGAUGACGGUGCAAGAUCUGGCGUUACAACGUCUUCGCCUUUCGCGCACUUCGCCAAGGUGGCGGCAACGGCAACGAUCGCUGCACAGGUGACGAUCAGCAAAUCUGAUAGCCUUGUGGGUGACAACACGAGCAUCGCAACCCGAUGUGUAGUGAAGAACAGUGUCAUUGGCGCAAACGUCAGUGUGGGCAGCAAGACGCGGAUCAUUGGUAGCGUGGUCAUGGAUGGCGCAGUGAUUGGUGAAGGCGUGGAGCUGAAUGGAACGGUGGUCGGGAAGCGUGCGAAGGUGGGCGAUAAGAGUAAGUUAACUGGGUGCGAGGUGCAGGAUGGAAAUGCGCUAGGGGAGGGAGUCGAGGGCAAGAACGAGACGUUCUUAGUGGGUGGGCUGGAGGAUGAUGAUGAUGUUGAUGAUGAUGACUACGUGAACGAGAUCGAGGAUGGUGAGCAAGGAGGAGAGGGAAUCAGUCUGAUUUGA